CACGUCUCCACACUCAACCCCCACGAUCACUUUUUCUUACACCUACAUUCUCUCUUUCCUUCAUCUUCACCUUCCCUUGUUCCUUCUUCCUCUGACUCCAUGGCAAACAAAGGUAAAUCUUUUGAGGAAAUGGGGAUACUAUCUCUUUCAAACGAUGACUGCCGAUCCACCCCAAGUCUCGGGGACUAUCUUUCAUUCACAAGCAAUACAUCAAUUGUGGCCGAGUACGAGUUCAUCCACCUGAGUCCUUUCCCUGCAGAAGUGAAGAAGUUAAUUAAAAAUCUUGGCUGGGAAAAGUUCAUUGAUCUCCGGAAUCGAGGAAGCACCAGUCACUGCCCGCAUGUGGUGAGGAAGUUCUACCACAAUUUAGAGCUGUCUGGUCCCUGCGAUUCUCAUCUCGUGUCGAUCUUCCUGGGUUAUAGAGUCUGCUUCCAGCCUCAUCAGUUUGCUGAGAUCCUCGAUCUCCCCGCCGCAGGACACCCCAUUGAUAGCAGAAGCGAUCUUGGGAGGCUGUACGAUUUUGAGUUUGAAGUUGAACUGGAGAAACUAACGAAGGGGCGCAUCCAAGCUUCUUUCCUCCCAGAUCCUCUUCGAUUCCUCCACUGGAUGAUCGUCAACUGCUUCAUGCCAAGGUACCGUGGUCAUUCGAUUAUUCGUAAACUUGACCUGUUUAUCCUUGUGCAAGCUCAAAGAGGUGUUCCUGUUAACCUCGCAUCUCUCAUGUGCCUGAACAUGGUUGAGGCUGCUCCUAGAUGGGAAAACUGGUACACUGCCUUUCCAUAUGCCACCUUCUUGACCACCUUUCUUGAAAGGGUUGGGAUGGAUAUUGGGGUUUAUGCUAAGGAGGACCAGUGCGCCUAUUUGCCAGUCUACCGUAUCGUCGAAUUGACCAAUACUUUUAUUGAUCUUCGGCAUACGGAGCAUGAAAAGACCCCUGAGGCAUCCUCAAGCAAACGUCCUCGGCUUACAUGAGAGUCGAUUGAUGCAGGGCGGGGUGGAGCGUUGGAGCAGCAAAGGGGCCAGCAUUGGAUAUCUUUUGUUAAUAAGUUUACUCAGGCUUU